AUGUCGAAUGGCGUGGACCCGAUUCUAGACUUCCCUGAUGCUGAUGUUCUUUUCCAGAUAAGAGCCCUGCUGUCUUCACUGACUCUGCGUCUCAGCCCUGUUGUCUUCACUGACUCUGCAUCUCAGAGUCCUGUUGUCUUCACUGACUCUGCAUCUCAGAGCCCUGCUGUCUUCACUGACUCUGAGUCUCAGAGCCCUGUUGUCUUCACUGACUCUGAGUUUCAGAGCCCUGUUGUCUUCACUGACUCUGCAUCUCAGAGCCCUGUUGUCUUCACUGACUCUGCGUCUCAGAGCCCUGUUGUCUUCACUGACUCUGCGUCUCAGAGUCCUGUUGUCUUCACUGACUCUGCAUCUCAGAGUCCUGUUGUCUUCACUGACUCUGCGUCUCAGAGUCCUGUUGUCUUCACUGACUCUGCAUCUCAGAGCCCUGUUGUCUUCACUGACUCUGAGUCUCAGAGCCCUGCUGUCUUCACUGACUCUGCAUCUCAGAGCCCUGCUGUCUUCACUGACUCUGCGUCUCAGAGUCCUGUUGUCUUCACUGACUCUGCAUCUCAGAGCCCUGUUGUCUUCACUGACUCUGCGUCUCAGAGUCCUGUUGUCUUCACUGACUCUGCAUCUCAGAGCCCUGUUGUCUUCACUGACUCUGCGUCUCAGAGUCCUGUUGUCUUCACUGACUCUGCAUCUCAGAGUCCUGUUGUCUUCACUGACUCUGCAUCUCAGAGUCCUGUUGUCUUCACUGACUCUGCAUCUCAGAGUCCUGUUGUCUUCACUGACUCUGCGUCUCAGAGUCCUGUUGUCUUCACUGACUCUGCAUCUCAGAGCCCUGUUGUCUUCACUGACUCUGAGUCUCAGAGCCCUGCUGUCUUCACUGACUCUGCGUCUCAGAGUCCUGUUGUCUUCACUGACUCUGCAUCUCAGAGCCCUGUUGUCUUCACUGACUCUGCGUCUCAGAGUCCUGUUGUCUUCACUGACUCUGCAUCUCAGAGCCCUGUUGCCUUCACUGACUCUGCAUCUCAGAACCCUGUUGUCUUCACUGACUCUGUGUCUCAGAGUCCUGUUGUCUUCACUGACUCUGUAUCUCAGAGCCCUGUUGUCUUCACUGACUCUGCGUCUCAGAGCCCUGUUGUCUUCACUGACUCUGCGUCUCAGAGCCCUGUUGUCUUCACUGACUCUGCGUCUCAGAGUCCUGUUGUCUUCACUGACUCUGCAUCUCAGAGUCCUGUUGUCUUCACUGACUCUGCAUCUCAGAGUCCUGUUGUCUUCACUGACUCUGCAUCUCAGAGUCCUGUUGUCUUCACUGACUCUGCGUCUCAGAGUCCUGUUGUCUUCACUGACUCUGCAUCUCAGAGCCCUGUUGUCUUCACUGACUCUGAGUCUCAGAGCCCUGCUGUCUUCACUGACUCUGCGUCUCAGAGCCCUGCUGUCUUCACUGACUCUGCGUCUCAGAGUCCUGUUGUCUUCACUGACUCUGCAUCUCAGAGCCCUGUUGCCUUCACUGACUCUGCAUCUCAGAACCCUGUUGUCUUCACUGACUCUGUGUCUCAGAGUCCUGUUGUCUUCACUGACUCUGCAUCUCAGAGCCCUGUUGUCUUCACUGACUCUCAGAGCCCUGCUGUCUUCACUGACUCUGCGUCUCAGAGCCCUGCUGUCUUCACUGACUCUGCGUCUCAGAGUCCUGUUGUCUUCACUGACUCUGCAUCUCAGAGCCCUGUUGUCUUCACUGACUCUGCAUCUCAGAGUCCUGUUGUCUUCACUGACUCUGCAUCUCAGAGUCCUGUUGUCUUCACUGACUCUGCGUCUCAGAGUCCUGUUGUCUUCACUGACUCUGCAUCUCAGAGCCCUGUUGUCUUCACUGACUCUGAGUCUCAGAGCCCUGCUGUCUUCACUGACUCUGCGUCUCAGAGCCCUGCUGUCUUCACUGACUCUGCGUCUCAGAGUCCUGUUGUCUUCACUGACUCUGCAUCUCAGAGUCCUGUUGUCUUCACUGACUCUGCAUCUCAGAGUCCUGUUGUCUUCACUGACUCUGCGUCUCAGAGUCCUGUUGUCUUCACUGACUCUGCGUCUCAGAGUCCUGUUGUCUUCACUGACUCUGCAUCUCAGAGCCCUGUUGUCUUCACUGACUCUGAGUCUCAGAGCCCUGCUGUCUUCACUGACUCUGCGUCUCAGAGUCCUGCUGUCUUCACUGACUCUGCGUCUCAGAGUCCUGUUGUCUUCACUGACUCUGCAUCUCAGAGCCCUGUUGUCUUCACUGUCUCUGCGUCUCAGAGUCCUGUUGUCUUCACUGACUCUGCAUCUCAGAGCCCUGUUGUCUUCACUGACUCUGAGUCUCAGAGCCCUGCUGUCUUCACUGACUCUGCGUCUCAGAGCCCUGUUGUCUUCACUGACUCUGCGUCUCAGAGUCCUGUUGUCUUCACUGACUCUGCGUCUCAGACCUUCAUCUCCCCCGAGGCUGCCCACAAGGCCGUGAGACUGUUUAGCUACAGCUGGGGAUCUGGUUCACGGGCACCGGGGAGUACCCACACGCCAAUCCAAGCUACUUUACGUUACAACCAACAGUCCCUGCCUCUGUCAGCUCUACCGGACAUCGGCGCUGAGGGAAACCUCCUGGAUGAAAACUUAGCUUCCCGGGCCAGAAUUCCUCGGGAGCCGUUGAGUACCCCUCUGGAAGCCCAGGCACUGGACGGUGGACUUCUGGCCCGAGUCACUCACUGCACUCCACCUCUGUCUCUUAUUCUGUCCGGGAACAAUUGGGAACAGGCCCAUCUCGGCCGGUGCCGCAAGAUCUGGAAGGAUGCACGGGUGGCCCUGCUCCGCUCAGCUGACCGCAACCGGGGGAUUGCCGAUUGCCAUCGAAUUCCUGCACCAAAUUACUGA